AUGUCUUUGAAAGACGUCUACCGGCGUUUCCUAGCCGAUCCCAGGUCGGCGCCCCUGGCCUCCGAUGCGUCGUUGAUCUAUAUCACCACCACCACCAAGCUGGACGGCGCAUCCGCGGUGGUCAACCAUCUCACUAAGCAGCAGAAAGGCAUCAAAACCAAGUCGGAGAACGUCCUGGACCUCAUCGAGAGCGCCAACUCCCUCUGUCUGGACAUUGAAACCACCCUCGAGUUUGUUUCUGGAAACGGCGGGGCGUAUCUUCCCUCGCUUGACGAUAACUUCCUGGCUGGCCACGUCGCGACUUUCCCCACGAUCCACAUCGUUCGCUUCAAUUCGCAGAAUCAGAUCCAGAAUGUCCGAAUCUACUGGGACCAAGCAUCGCUACUGAAACAGGUCGAUGUGAUCGGUUCCCGUGGGCGCGCCUGGCCAGUUCGCGAACCUAAGGAUCAGAUUCGCCUGAUCAAAUCCUCGGUUGCCUCCGGCCCAGCUGACGACGGACCUGCUCCUACAUCCUCAUUGCCCACGGAGACCGCGAAGGAGAGUAACGACCGCGAGGAACCUAGCAAACAGGCUUCCCCGGGAAAGAAACAUAUCAAGGACCCCCACGCAGCUGACUCGCUCUUCGAACUCCUCUCCCCCGGUAAGGACCGAAGUGACCCGGUGCGCCCACCCCGUGCCCCAGCGUCUGCACAGCCCCAGCAGCGUGAGUACAACGAGAUUUUUGGUGACCAUGAUGACGUGGACCUCGAUGCCAUCGAAGCGUCGCCGUCUCGGUCCAAGAACACCGCCAGGACUGGUGCAGGCAAGAACUACCAGGGCUCCCGUAUCUUCGACAAUGAAGAGGCGGGAGCUGGGGAGGGAGGCCACGAGCAAAUCGCCUACCGGGCUCAUCCCAAGCGAUUCGACCACUUUGAGCUAGGUGCUGACAAUAGCCAACGCGAGAUCCACGAAAAACCCGGUCGUCCUGUGUCGCGCCAGGCACCUCACUGGGACUUUGAUGAUUUUGUGACACCGGAGAAGCCUAAGCGUCAGCUUCGCGGGGAAGAAAUCCGUCAUUUUGGCUGGAGCGAUGAUGAGCCGGACCUCACCUCGCCCCCCGUCAGGCCCCGGGUGGUCCAUGCUCGUCCUGACGCCGAAACUCACUUCCAACUGACAGACGUCCAGGAGGAGGACAAGAAUGGCCCCCGUAUCAUCAGCUCCUACCAGAACAAGGGAAUGGGUCUCUACAAGAACCACCUGUUCAACGAUAACGAGGGGAAUGAGAACGCCCCACUGUCGGCAGUCAACAACGGACCUAACCGUAAGAAUGAAUUUGAAACUCACUGGUCUAUGGCCGAUUCACCACGGAAGCACCAGCCUAACCGCGAGAACCAAAAGCCAAUCCCCGGUGACCGACAGAGAGCUUUGAAGAACAUGGAAUCGUCCUGGGACACCAUUGAGUCACCGAAGCCGCCCGUGAAGAUGACGCCCCCUCAGCGUCGAUCCGUGCGAUCUGUCAACCAACGCAGCUGGGACAUGGGUGAAAACAAAUAA